CACGGCCAUCUUUAAACCCCAGACGAGGCUUCCGUUUAGCGCCCACAGUUCUGCAUUUCGUUUUUCAUUUUACAACAUAUUUUUUUUUACAACGUAACGUGUGAGUGGGGCUAAUAUCGAGUCUAGGACAUCAGAUGAACGUCUUAGGGACACGUUUGGCGUCUUAGGUCGCUUCUUUGUUCGCUGACAUCAACAAAAAUAGACGGAAAAAAUAAACACACAACAACAACGAACCUGCCGAGGCGUUGUUAUUAGCCUGCUAAAGUUAGCUCGUGAGCUAACAGUCGGCUGAGGAGGGACUGGUAAAAAGGAGAAAAAGGAGGGUGUCGUUAAAAAAACUGCGGACAUUUUCUGGCCUUGGUGGGCGUAUUUGCUUAAUUUUCGUUACACAAAUCAGGUCCGGUCUCGUGUUUUUUCCUUCUCCGUGCAAUCUCUCUCCCCUGCGGCUCGGCCGGAGAUGAGCGGAAGAUGUCGGUUUCGGGACUGAAGGCCGAGCUGAAGUUUCUGGAGUCGAUUUUCGACCCGAACCACGAACGGUUCAGGAUCAUCGACUGGAAGCCCGAUGAGCUGAGCUGCCAGUUUAACGUGACCGGAGAAAAGCUGCUGAUCAUCCACUGUAACAUCACGGAAUCUUAUCCUUUGACGCCCCCAAUAUGGUUUGUGGACUCCGAUGACCCAAGCCUGACCCAAAUAUUGGAACGUCUCGAGGAUGUAAGAAAAGGCAGUACACUGCUCCUGCAGCAGCUGAAGAGACUGAUCUGUGAUCUGUGUAGGCUGUAUAAUCUACCCCAGCAUCCUGAUGUAGAAAUGCUGGAUCAGCCUCUCCCUGCUGGCCCUGUCAACCCAGACAGAAAGCAUGGUACCACAGAUGAGGUGACCUCAGAGGAGGAAGAGGAAGAAGAGAUGGGAGAGGACAUAGAGGACUUGGAUCAUUAUGAGAUGAAAGAGGAGGAACCGGUGGAUGGGAAAAAGUCUGAGGAUGAUGGUAUAGAGAAGGAGAACCUGGCUAUCCUCGAGAAGAUUCGCAAAAACCAGAGGCAGGACCACUUGAACGUAAGUGCACAUUCGGGAGCCGUGUCAGGGUCUGUCCAAGCGUCGGAUCGUCUAAUGAAGGAACUCCGAGAGAUUUACCGAUCUCAGAGUUACAAAUCAGGGAUCUAUUCAGUGGAGCUUGUUAACGACAGCCUGUAUGAGUGGCAUGUCAAAUUAAGAACGGUGGAUCCAGACAGUCCUCUGCACAGUGACCUCCAGGUGUUGAAAGAGAAGGAAGGCAUGGACUACAUCCUUCUCAAUUUCUCAUACAAAGAUAACUUUCCUUUUGAUCCACCAUUUGUACGAGUAGUUUCUCCUGUCUUAUCUGGAGGUUAUGUCCUUGGAGGAGGUGCUCUGUGCAUGGAACUACUCACCAAGCAGGGCUGGAGCAGUGCCUAUUCCAUUGAGUCUGUUAUCAUGCAGAUUAACGCCACUUUAGUCAAAGGAAAAGCCAGAGUGCAGUUUGGAGCCAAUAAGAACCAGUACAAUCUUGCCAGAGCACAGCAGUCAUAUAAAUCACUGGUGCAGAUCCAUGAAAAGAAUGGCUGGUACACACCACCCAAAGAAGAUGGAUAAAGAAGACCUCUUCGUUCAAACUAGGACACAAUGUCUUGGAGUCAACACUUCUUUCUUUUUUUUUCCCCAACCCCCUCCCCACGUUCUUUUCUCUCAUCAUUAUCUUGCGAAUUGGAGAUGUCCAUGUCUGGAUUAUGCGACUUCCAAACUAUGUGCACCUGGAGAGGUAACGGGUAAAACAUAUUUCUUUAUCUACCACGUUGUCUAUACAGCGCGUCUCUCUGCUCAUGUAUUCUCUACUGCAAGCUCUUCUUUGUCCCUUCCUCCUGCUUUCUCUCUUUGGCCGUUUUUGGUUGACGGAGUGGAAUUUAAUACGGCAAAUUUGUAAAGAGAUGCCUGUGAUUCUCACGCUUUAUGGAUGGAUGUCUUUUGUCGUCUUGAACUGAGUGAUCUUCUAUAAAUGCCAAGAGUCCUGCAGAAUGACAGGCUUUUGGAUGCUGACCUCGCUUGCCCAAACCUUCUUCAUGUCUAUAAGGGUGAAAACAAUAACUACAGUAUGGAGAGAGAGAAAGGGAGAGGGAGAGACUGCAUAUGGUGAGAAGGGUCUGUGGGGGGAAUGAACUCAUGACUUCACAGAAGCAGAGACUGAACACCAUCACCACUCCAUACUCUCGUUGUUUUUGGAGCAUUUGUCUUUUCUGGUCGCACACUGAAAAACUGACCAGACUUGGAUCAUUUAAGUCGUAAAAAUUAACUCCGCCUGUAAGUAAACUUGUAAAGAUGGAUUGAGAAUGAACUUUUCCCAGCAAACUUCACUGAGCGAGGACUGGAUCGCUUAUAACAUGCCUGCAUAGCGCAGAACGUCCUUACUUCUGAAGAUAUAUCUCACAAAUAGAAUAAGGAAAAAUUACUUAAUUGAUGUCCUCUUGGUGACAAAAAUGGAAUAUCUUAAACAUGUUUUUAUGUACGCAUUAAGACUACUGCUGUUUUUGUUUUGUUUUUGUUUUUUUGUUUUUGUUUUUUGUUGUUUUUCUUCUUCAGUGAGAAUGGAAGUUGCACGUGGCUGUGCUAUCAUUAACUGCAGUUGUGACCAUUCCUCCAUAACUAGUGUGAUUCUGCUGUGUUUCUUGCAACACAGUACUAGUAUGCCAUGGAAACAUGCCAUUGACACAGUUACAUAAUCCUGUUAAACCUUUUACCCUGUCAACUCGGGCAUAUAGAGUGGCUAUAGUAUUGAGUCAGUGGCAAUGAGCUUAUACAAGUUUCACAGUUUGAGUUUUUUGGAAGGAUUGUUUAGGACAACUUGCUUAACGUUACAUGACCCCAGUUACAUUCCUAUGGGACAAACUGUAAAGUAACCAUUAUUGCCUUAAGAAGAGAAUCCCCUCUUUAACGUUGCUUUCCACAAAAACUGUCCCAUGAUAUCUUUACAUAAAUAAGCAUACUGUUGCUACAAGCCACCACUGUAUAGAAGUACUUUCAAAUGGUUGUUAUUGGUCAGUACCCAGAGUCUUCAUGAGCUCUUGGAAAUGAGCAAAAGGCUUGACCGUGAUAAGUGUUUUACUGGUUCGUUUCUACUAGACGAGGUUUUUUUGUAUUGUCAACCUUCUCAGUGCUGUUUUACAUGCAGAUCCUACAUGUUAUUUUCACUCUUUUGAUCCACCUGGAUACUUUGCUCCCUGUUUGAUGGAAAUGCCUUUAGUUUUAUCCGCACCACACCAGUUGUUCUUUUGUCUGUUACUGUGGAUUGAUUGGUGCAUUCCCUGAUUUAAACUGAAAGUGGUGUCAUUUCCAUUUUCCAUGAAGUGACUUAAACCAGAUGUGAUGUACUUGAUCAAAUCUUAGUAAUAAGGGCAAGGAAGUUGGGUGUAGUGUACUUGCAUAUCCCAAAACCUAGGGGACAAGUUUCCCAGGCCCAGACUAAGCCUAAGCAUAGCCUAAAAAGUAUUUUCAUCCAUUGGCACUGCAAUUUAAUUUAAGAUUAAGUGUAAUCCACAUCCUGAAAACCUGGCCAAAGGCGUCUUUAACCUACAUUAAGUGUUGCAGGUUUUAUAAUACCGGAGAGAAAAACUCUUUACUUAAUGUUGUGUUAAACAUACCUGUAGAGUCAUGCCAACCUUCAUAAUGUAGUACAUUCAGCAAUGUUUUCUGAAUUUUUUAUUACAUUUUUUUUGUUUAAAUUUAUGGUAUCGCACAUCUCCAGUAUGCCUCACUGGCUGUUAACGUCACAGUGGUCCUAUCUCUGAGCAUGCAGAAGAAGGAGCAGCCAUCUCUCACGGGCCCACAUUAACAUAUGUUCACUGUUCCUGAAUCUGUUGGAUACUUGCUGUUUUGGAUUUUAACUGGCUUUGGGAAAAGCUGCUUGCUGGGCUGCGUUCAGCAAGCCAACGUUUGUACAAUGUUUUCCGUUGAACAGUGGGUUGUUUGUAACGAUAAAGCCUUUCCGCUGUCUCUCUGGCAUGUUUGCUCCUGUUUGAGGGGUGUGACGGUGGGGUCGAGAGCAGCCGGUGAUGUGUUUGACUUGUGUAAAAAUAAAAAACUUUGAUGUAACUCAAGCUGCUGGAUUUAAACUGAAGACUUUAAACACUUUUGGCCUCUUGCGUCUUGUGAGCGAGGGAAAUACUCAUUGGAUUGAAUACCUAUUUAUUUAGAGCUCUUUCAUUGAAUGUUUCAAAAGCACCAAAAUUCUAGUUGACUAGUGCACCCCAAAUUGAAAAAAA